ACUAGGUGUCUGCAAACUGAUUUGAUUAUGUCACAAGUUUCAAAAGAGAGGAUAAUUAUCAUUCCUACCAUCUCUAUGUCUGAGGACUGCCUGUAUCUCAACAUCUACGCACCAGUUCAUGCCCAUGAAGGUUCUAACUUUCCUGUGAUGGUGCGGAUCCAUGGUGGUGCAUUGGUUGUAGGAAUGACUUCCAUGAAUGAUGGAUCCACACUGGCAGCUACUGAGGAUAUAGUUAUUGUCCCUAUCCAGUAUUGCUUGGGUAUCCUUGGCUUCUUCAGCACUGGAGACAAGUAUGCCAGAGGAAAUUGGGGCUACCUGCACCAAAUGACUGCCCCACACUGGGUCCAGCAGAAUAUUGCCUCCUUUGGAGGCAAUCCUGGCCAGGUCACUAUUUUUGGUGCAUCGGCAGGUGGCUCAAGUGUGUCCUCACUUAUCAUGUCCCCAAUGUCCAAAGGACUCUUCCAUGGAGCCAUUAUGCAGAGUGGAGUGGCUCUGCUACCUGGCCUUAUCUCUGACACACCUGAGGCGGUCUACACAAUGGUGGCGAACUUAUCAGGAUGUGAGGCCAAGGACUCAGAGGCCCUGGUAUAUUGUCUUCAAGGCAAGACUGAAGCAGAGAUUCUGGCUAUCAACCAGGUCUUCAUGAUAAUCCCUGCUGUGGCAGAUGGGGUGUUCCUACCUAGGCACCCUUGGUAUCUGUUAGCCUCUGUGGAUUUUCACCCUGUCCCCAGCAUUAUUGGUGUAGACAGUGACAAGUAUGGCUGGGGAGUCCCCUUGGUCAUGGGCCUUGAUCAUGUCAUAAAGACCAUAACCAGAGAGACCCUGCCAGCUUUUCUGAAGAGCAGAGUAGCACACAUGAGGCUGCCUCCUGAAUGUAGUGACCUGCUAAUGCAAGAAUACAUGGGAGAUGUUGAGGACCCCCAGACCCUCCAAGCACAGUUCAGAGAGUUGAUGGAGGACUUCACGAUUGUGAUUCCUGCACUCCAAGUAGCAUAUUUUCAACGUGAGUAUAUCUUUAACUAGACCAAGUGUGGGGGGAUCUCAGAGCUGUGGA